AAAAGCUUUUUUUUUUUUUUUUUUUUUUUCACAUAAUUUUCGUACCAACUUUUGAUAAUAAGUUUUUGAUUUUGGCAUUCAAAUCCUCUGGAAAAUUGAUGUUUCACAGCUGACACGUUUAUAUUAUUACUAUAAUUUUUUUUAUUUUUUUUUAUUUAAAUUUUUCUCUCACAGCCGCAAAUUGCUGCAUGUGUUGAUUUUUUUAUUCGAUUCGAUUGUCCAAUUGGCGGAAAUUCUCAGUUGAAUUCGCCGGAAUUCUGAUUGCUGAAUCUGAAUCUAAGUGGUUUGUUUUUUUGGGGGUUUUUUUGAAUUUAAUUUUGUUUGAUUAAUUGAGUAGGUAAAUGGCACCGGACUCGGCGCCGGAACCCGACCCGGACGAUUCCGACUCCGAACCCGAGUUCGUCGAGGUUGAUCCCUCCGGUCGCUAUGGAAGGUAUAAGGAGAUAUUAGGUAAAGGAGCUUUCAAGAAAGUAUAUCGAGCGUUUGAUGAACGUGAAGGAAUUGAGGUGGCUUGGAAUCAGGUUAAAGUUGCUGAUCUCUUGCGAAACGCAGUGGAUUUAGAGCGAUUGUAUUCCGAGGUUCACUUGCUAAAAACCCUUAAACACAAAAAUAUUAUCAAAUUCUACAACUCGUGGGUUGAUACGAAGAACGAGCAUAUCAACUUCAUCACCGAAAUUUUCACAUCCGGGAAUCUGCGACAGUAUCGAAAGAAACACAAGCAUGUUGAUGUGAGGGCUUUGAAGAAAUGGUCUAAACAAAUACUAGAGGGGCUUUUGUAUCUACACAGUCACGACCCACCAGUUAUUCAUCGUGAUGUGAAAUGUGAUAAUAUAUUUGUUAAUGGGAAUCAAGGGGAGGUGAAAAUCGGUGAUUUGGGACUUGCUGCUAUACUUCAGCAGGCUCGUUCGGCUCAUAGUGUUAUAGGCACACCUGAAUUUAUGGCACCGGAGCUUUAUGAAGAGGAGUAUAAUGAACUUGUUGAUAUAUACGCCUUUGGUAUGUGCUUGCUGGAGCUAGUCACCCUUGAGUAUCCGUAUAUUGAAUGUGCAAACGCUGCUCAGAUAUAUAAGAAAGUGACGAAUGGAAUCAAGCCUGCGUCAUUAGAAAAAGUGAAGGAUCCUGGAGUUCGGAAAUUUAUAGAGAAAUGCAUAUCGAGAGUCUCUAAUCGAUUAUCGGCCAAAGAACUAUUAAUGGACCCAUUUCUACAACCAGAUGAAGAUUCGGGGAGUAUAGGUCGUUCGCUACUGCCACAGUCCUCAAAUGCAAAUGCAAAUGCAGAUGAUAAUGGCAAACAACAUGAUACCGGAAAAGACACCGUGUUUGAAGGAAGUCGGGAUUUCAUGUUACAGGGCCAAAGGAAAGACCAGAACACAAUAUUUCUGAAGCUUCGUAUAGCAGAUUCAUCAGGCCAUGUUCGAAACAUCCACUUCCCAUUCGAUAUCGAGGUGGACACUUCGACCGAUGUUGCUAGUGAAAUGGUCGAAGAGCUGGAUUUGACGGACCACGAUGUGACCGUUAUUGCUUCAAUGAUAGAUUCUGAAAUUAGAUCCCAUAUCCCCGAUUGGGCACCGAAAGAUUCCUCAAGCAACAACAACAACACUAUUGCUGGUCGAGCAAUUCUUGAAAGUGUUUGCGUUUCCCCCACAAAAGAAGAUUCUUCUAAAUUGGACCCGAAUUUGCAAUCACCUGUUAUCAGUCAUAACGAUGAUGAUUCUGAUCACGAAGCCAAUGAUUCAGUAUCGAUCGAAGAAAAUACAGUGCCGAGUGAGAGCGAAACCGACUCACAAGAAAUCGAAACUAUUGUCAAGAAACUCGAGUCUGUGUUCGAUAAGCAGAUGAAGGAGCUAAACGAACUUAAAGAGAAGCAUGAAUUAGCUGUUUUGGAUUUUCUAAAAGAGUUCCCACAGGAGACGCGUCAGAGGGUUCUUAGUACAUGUAACCGGAAGAUGGCUGAAAGUAAAGACCGUUACUAAUAUUAUUUUUUUAAAUCAAUCUUGAUCGAUGAUGUUUGUAGAGAAUUCCGAGUGAUUUUGUUCGUGUUGAAAGUCCGGUUGAAGGGAGAUUGUGUGGAGUUGACGAAGCUUCGUUGAUUAUGGAUCCGGUAAGCGUGAGAUUGUGUUGUUCAAGUAUGGAUAUGAUUUUCUUUUUAUUACACAUUUUUUUUACAUAGUGAAUAGGUUCUUUUGUUUUUCUUUAAAACAGAGAUGUACAGAUUCAUGUUUGUUUUGUUAACACAAUACAGUUUAUUUUAUUUUUGGUUUUUAUAAGCUAAAGUUUUUGUGCCUCAAGAGUGCAUGCAUGGCACGUGCUGCCACAUAGGUUUGGUGUGGAUUUUGGACAUUAAAUUAUUGUAACCAGAAAGGUUUAAAUUGAUUUGAUUUAUAUUAAAAUUUCUUUUGUUUCACAGU